AUGCGUUUUGGUUUAUCAGGGAUCGAUUCAUGGCGAAAAAGUUUCUGUUACUCGCAUUGGGAACGAUGGAUGACAACCAGCAAACGAGUUCAAGACCGAAGCAAGAAGAAAAGGGUUCACGAACUCGAAGUAGUAACCGAAAAAUGGAAGAUAACAUCCAAAAUCAUCUUCUUAAUGGAACUUCUCAAACAAGAACCAGAAAUGGUUAUUCCCGUUCGAUCCCUUUCUCAUUACAGAAAACAAAUCAACCUCCCCAAACCUCACAGAAUCUCCGAUUUUCUCCGCAAAACCCCGAAACUUUUUGAACUCUAUAAGGAUCGUAAUGGUGUGUUGUGGUGCGGUUUGACGCAUAAAGCUGAAGACUUGAUGGAAGAACACAAAAGGGUCGUCGAGGAAAAUGAGGAUAAAGCUUCGGAAUAUGUUACUAGGUUUCUUAUGAUGUCGGUUGAUAAACGUCUUCCGUUGGAGAAAAUUGCGCAUUUUAGAAGAGAUUUUGGGUUGCCAAUGGAUUUUAGAACUGGUUGGGUGAAUCAGUAUCCUCAGCUUUUUCGUGUGGUGAAGCCUUCUCUUGAUGAUGUUGAGUUUUUGGAGCUUGUUUCUUGGAACUCUGAAUGGGCUAUCACAGAGAUUGAGAAGAAGAACAUGAAGAUGGUGGAAGGGAUAACCGAAACUGAAACUUCGCAUACUCCGGGUUUGCUUUCUUUACCAUUUCCUUUGAAAUUUCCUUCAAAUUUUAAAAGGGUGCAUAGUUAUUAUGGAGAAAAGAUAAAACUGUUUCAGGGUAGAUCUUAUUUGUCACCUUAUGCUGAUGCAAAGGGUUUAAAACCCGGAUCUUUAGAAUUCGAUAAAAGGGCUGUUGCUGUGAUGCAUGAAUUGCUUAGUUUUACAGUUGAUAAGAGGUUGGUGACAGAUCACCUCACUCACUUUCGUUGGGAGUUAGUUAUGCCUCAGAAGUUGAUGAGGCUUUUGCUUAAGCAUUGUGGUAUCUUUUAUGUUUCUGAGAGAGGGAAGAGGUUUAGUGUGUUUCUAACUGAAGCUUAUGACGGUUCGGAGCUUAUUGAGAAAUCUCCUUUGAUUCUGUGGAGGGAGAAACUUCUUAGUCUUGUUGGUUAUAGAGGGAGAAAGAAGAAGUUUGAGACGGACACUGAGAGUGAUGAGGAAGGUGGUGAUGGUUUGCGUUUGCUCCAGAGUGAUUCUGAAGUGGAGGAUUUGGAUGUGGAGCUCGAGCAAAAGGAUACCUUGGAGUACAAGGAUCCUUUACUCGAGGACAAUUCUGAGAUGGAUGUUGGAGAGAUUAUGUGA